CGCUUGUUGUUGACGUUGAGGUUCGAACGUCGAACGUUGAAAUGAACAUGACUUUUAUUGGACGGUGUGUGACUCAGUCAGUAGCUUAGCGUAGUUUGGUAGCAGCAAACCGAGCGCACGCAACUUCACAAACUAUACACUCGAGCGGGUACAAGCGCAGACGUAAACUGCGAGAUGAAAUUACGUAAGCAAUCAGAAUAGGAAAAGUGCAAACAGUGAAAAUAGUAAACAUCCCCAGAUAAGAUUCUAAAAAAUAUUUUUGCAAUCCAAAGUCGUGUAAAUUCUCGACAUCGGCAAGUGAAUGCCCGCUAUAUCAGUGUAUGAAGUAAUUGCGGCAAAUUGCAAAUUUAGUGAGUUCCACGCAUAAUAAAUCAAGUGAAUUACGUUCAAAUAUCCAUCCUUAGAAGCAGUUGCUUUUAUCAAUUUAAAAGUGCAAAGAAAUAUAAUAUUUUCGUGAGAAACACACCGCAAAAAAGUGUACUCCAGUGCUCAAUUAGCCAACUAAGUGAUUUUAAACGCAAGGUCCAUAAUAUUUUACUAAAAAAUUGUAGUUUACCUAAAACAAAAGGAAUUUCGCAAAUUCAGCGCUGAUAAGAUAAGCACAAACAACGAAAGAGCGCAACUCUCGACACCUAUCCACUCACAUAGGUAUACUUCAGGCUUUGAGGCAGCAGUCUUGGCUGUUAUCUCACAAUAACUGGCACAAAAAUCAUACAAGAGUGGAUUUAACAAUCAGCACAGAGGCAUUAGCUUCCUUCAGCUUCGGUAGCCAAAAAUCAUAACUGUCAAAAUUCAGAUAGGAAAGUGUGUCAAGCUGCGGCGCCAAUGAAUAUUUCGAACAUUUGGCGGUAGAAGCCGGGAAAUUGUGGGGGAACGAGAGACAGCUGACAUUUAAACGAAGGAACAGCUUACAAACAGCGAAGAGAAAUAAAUGGUUAAUGCAACAGAUACCACAAAGCAGAACAAGACUCCAAGCACACAGAACAUUACAUUGCCGCAAAAGUUUCUAGUUCUACAGCCAAAGCUGAGCUGAAGACAUCGAAGCAUUCUGCUAAUGCGAGUAUCACAUAUCAACAACUCAAAAAAUUGUUGGGUCAAAGGAACAAAGCCAUUGUAAAAAUUUAAUAAUAACAACAACAAAAUCAAAUUACUUUCAUUUCUUAUGAGGCAAAGAUCGAGUUGCCAAAAACCAACACACCUCCGACCAAUACCACACAGUUGUUUCUCAUUAUAUAUUAGUGACCGUCGGCAGCACCUAUGGGCAAGUGCGUCUCGAAGCAUCCCUCCGUACUCACAAUCGCCUUAUCGGAAAAGGACUUGGCGGCGGCGAACCACAUUUGGAGUAAAUUUGCCGAGAGCACCGAAUAUAUUGCGCUGAAGGACGAGCAUGGAAAUCAAUUAUGCGAAUAUUACUAUGUGAGCGGCAAGAAGCGGAAGGCGAAGCCCAAGACAACAAAGCAGACAACCGUGCCAACGGAUGGGAAUAAUGAUGCGAAGACGACAAUUGUCGGCGCCACACAGCCAGCCGAGCAGAAUCAGAAUUCAAAUGAAAGUCAGAACCAGAGACAGCAGCAUCAGCCGAGUCAUAAGAAGGGUAGAAACAAAAGACGAUCGAAGACACCACAAAAGCAAUCAUCAACGCAGCUAAGCAGUGAAAACAAAUCACAACAAUGGACAACAAACGCCGAACAAACAACAAACACAAAUGGCAUAGAAAGUUACACGGAAAAGCUACACCAAGAUUGCGUUACUCCACAAGCCCAAACUGCUCAGGCUCAUGUUAGCGAACCGGCAGCGACGACUUCUACAAUUGUUUACACGAGUGUGAGUGGCUGUGAGUACUGCACCGUUGUCAGCACCACUGACGACGAGGACGAGGAUGCGGACGUAGACGAUGACAGUGACGACGGCGAGCAGUUGUUUGGUAUUCACAGCCAUAAUAAUGCUACUGAGGCUAUUGUAGUUGACAACACCAAUAAAGAAACCGCCGCUGAUGCUCAUAAAAAUCAACAACAUUGUGUGGCUCAUUUGCCGUGGCAGCCGCAGGAACAGAUUGCUGGCGACACGGUUGCCCCCGACGCCAACAACAAUGCCAAAAUAGCCGGGCAACAUGAGGAACACGCUUAUCAACCCAAGUGGCAGCAACAGCGGUUGGCUGCUAACGAAAAGGGACAAUUAAUAAACGGCGAAGUGUGCAAAGUCAAUAUUGGUGUUGCUGGUGUCGAAAAUGCAGCUGCACUUGACAGAGUCGAUGGAAAUAUGGAACGGCUAAGCGAACACCUAAUGUAUGAAGGCAACGCUGACACCAAGGGACAGGCCGAGAGUAAAAAGCAUUCGAAGAAGCAUGGCGGCACCACCAACGCCACUACUGGCACAGGGGUGGGCACCAUCGAAACCAAAGGAACCGCGAUGUCCUUCGGCUUUCGCAAGAAGCUCAACACGACGCCGAAGAAGUUCAAGAAAUUGCUGGAGGCCGGCGUCGGCGGCAUGACUGGUGGAGACGGUAAAAGGAAACAAGACAAGUGCAACAAUAUAACAAUAACAACGUCACGGGACGGCAACACAUCAAGCGAGGAUAAUGACAAACGGGUAGCUGUGAUAGACGGUACUGGCGAUGGGGAGACGCUAAUGGGCGAGCAACAGCAGGACGACAAUGGCAAUGCAGAACUGCUGGCGAAGGUACAUUUUGAGAAAAUGGGUGCGGCGGCCGCAACGACGCAGCGUUCCAAUCAAGCCACGGCAGCCAGUGUUGGCGCUCCGCCUUCCAACCUGCCCGGCGUUGCCUCCCGGUUCGGGUACCGCGGCGGAAACAUUGUUCGACCGGCAUCGGCGGGUUUAACACAGCACUAUCAAUUGGAGGUGCAGGAGAAUGCGGAAAACAACAACAAUUGUGGCAACAAUGGCAGCGACGGUCGAAGUGGAGGUGUGGGAGUUAAUGGACAACAAAAACCGCUUGUGAGCAACUUGAAGCGCCGGUCGAAGAGCGCACAUGCCGGCAGGGCAUUGACUUCAGGCGAUGAGACUAGCGAGUCGGGCAGCUGCAGCGAUGCGGUCGGUCGACCAAAAAUAACACAGCCCAAAUCUAUAACGUUCAAUUUGAGUCAGAACAGCACAAUCGAAUAUCAACGGCGACAGUUUUUCGAACAGCCCAACACAUACGGCAGCUAUGGAAGUGGACGCAGCAGCGCCGCCACUAAUUGGACCCAUCAGUCCGGGCAUCAGGCUCAGCAGCAUCAGUCGCGAAACGUCAUCAACACGGGCAUGCACACGAAUGUUAUUGUCCGUCCUACACCACGCGCACCACCAGCCAGUUUUUCUAAGUUCACAUUGCAUACAGUAAGUUUGCCGAAACCGGAAUUUCCUGUGGCCAUCAGUGUGGGUGCCACAACUCCAACUACACCGGGCAGCAUCUACACCCCGUCGCCCACCAUGGCAAGCAGCGUGGUGGGAGCAAGGACUAAGGAAAAUCAGCAGCAGCACCCCUUAACAGUGGUUGCUUGUGCCGCAGUGGCACACUCCCCUUCCGGGCAUAUGGAUCUGAAGACGGCUAAGCAGAUGGCAAACAACACGCGGCGGGGAUUCUCAGGCAGCCGAGAGAUAUCGGCGGAUUCAGGUAUUGCCAGUAUGGACAUGGCAUUAGAUAGCUCUGCUUCGAGCGGAGGUGGCAGUCGCGCGGGACGCACAGUCUCGCCUAAACGGAGCCGCAGUCGUCCGCGCAACUUGCAAAUGGUUAUGAAUGGCCGCCACAAAUUUGAGGUACGUGACCUGGACGACCCUUUAUCGAGUGAAUCCAGCUCUCUUGUAGAGCCACUAGCUUUGCCGAAAUUGCCGAGCGAGAAUCAAACAGUCCCGCUUCCACUAUGUGGUCUUGUGCGCUCCAAUACGGUACUUAGUAGAGAGGCUUAUGAACGAAAUGGUGGUGUUGUCGGUAAUAGAAGCGCUAGUGCCAACCAGGAAAACAAACAGGUUGAUGUUGGAAAACGGCCUACUACAGCGCCUGCACAGUGCACCAUGACUCGAAAUUCGUCAGAAGAAAGUGAAGGGAUCGAUGAGGAAAAACUCUUCUUAGACCGCUCAACUUCUGAGAAAGGAAACAGGUUUAAGGAUAUCAACACCUGUUCGAGUAAGACAUCGUCACCAGGAAGCUCCAUAAUGCUCUCGUGGUGUAAUGCCGGAGAAUCGCUUGCCGUUAAGGAUUGCAGCAGCCUCAGUAUUAGCAGCGAAGAUAGUAACAAACUUCAUGGAUUUAGUCAUCGAGAUAAAGACACGGACACGGAGAAGAACGAUUUGCAGAAAUCCAAGCACAUGUCAGUCGAUUUGAAUGAUGAUGACCUGAGUGGCAUCGUCACCGAAAUGCAAGCUAGUACAUUAUCUUCCUUAACUGAUAACUUGGCACAUGAAAACAAAACACUGGAAACAAACACGAGUGCAACCGGCGAAAAUACAAAUAUCGAUAGGCCUGAUCGACCGAAAUCGUUCUAUAAUUCGCUUAAUGAAACGAAAUUUGCUGAAAUGGCAUUGGCCAGCAGCACUUACCUAUUGGACGACGAGACGUCACCCACGGACAGUUUGGUCAGCAGCACUGAAUCCGAGGAGGCUGCAAGCAAACAGAAGAAACACAAAAUGAACGAAGAACUGCAAGAGAAGGACAUCGAUGAGAUUUCACCUGAACUCGAAAUGGGUAGUCCCAUUUCGCCAGGAACGCCAACGCAUGCUUCACAUUCACUAUCACUGUCCGAUUGCGGUAAUUUGAUUGAUGAUGAGAUCGCUGACCAACCGGCGUUGCUGUUUAACAGUGAAGCCCAUGAUCUGGUGGACAGUUUGACGUCACACAAAGAUAAGACAGACACCCCCACACUUAUGGAAAACACCGGUUCGAUGCGUUCCCUAAAGAGCCAAUCGAAGGCACGUAGUGCCCUACAGCAAGCAAUCGAGUUGAGUCUUCGUACACCUCUCUCGCUACGAAAGGCAGUAAUGGAACGUGCCGAUUCUCUCGACACCCUCUCUCCCUGUGAGUCGAUAUGUUCCGACGAUCUAAUGAUGGAUUUCGAUAUACAUAGCAGUGUGGAUUCUAUCGAUCGAUCUGGCUCCAUAAAGAGUCGAAGCGGUUCGGAUCUGCAUAAAAUAGACGACACUGAACUGUUUUCCGAGCUGGAACGUAAAGGUAGUGAUGUAAUGAAAGAACUGAAUUCCCUACUACGUCUUCGUACCAAUAAAAGCGCAGAAAAGGAUCUUGCUAUUGCUCAUUUGCCUGCUCGCGCCACUCGCCUACUGAACCGUUCACGCCUGCAGCAGCAACAGUACCCUUCCGCGAUUGCUGGCGGUGUGGCCGCGAAUGCAUCGGUCUGCGGCGGCGGUGACUCGGACAGCUCCAAAUCAGCGCACAGUCUUCGACGCAGCGCAGUCGCCUCGCGUGCCUCGAACGCUUCCACAUCGUCAACGAACGCAUCGCUUCCGCCGGGCACCCACUACCACCAUCAGAAGCCCUUUCAGCAUCAUUACUCCCAACUGCAUCGCGACUCGCACAGCUCUUCAGACGACCUAAUGCUGUAUGAUAAAUCUUUUCGAAACGCGAUGAUCCAAGACGUACUGCAGUUCAAAAAACAGUUACUGCGACUACGACGCAUUCUACAGGACGACGAAGAAUAUUUGAUGAGGACGGAGACUCUCAACCCAUUCGAUAACGACAAUGGGCAACUCUUCGCCGCCUGCGGCUUAGACAGUAAACUGCUGGACGACAUGGACCUGGCCAGCCUGACAUCCUCAACCACGGACGACCCGAUGGUGGAGUUAGCCGAUCUACGAAGACAGGUGGUUUACCUUCAGGGCGAAGUUGAAGAUCGCGAGCGCACCAUUCGUUUGCAGAAGAAUCAAAUAGAGAACCUGGAAUCAAAAAAGCCACAAAUACCAAACGACAACACAAAAGAAUUGAUGAAUAUAGCAACGCAAACAGAAAGGACCCGACCCCUUUCAUAUGGCCUAGAUGGACUGUCCAGAAGUAAACCCGAGUACACCAGUUAUACCACACGAUAUCAUCCGGCCGCCAGUUGUGAAAACAACAGCAUUUGCAACGGCGCCAACAACAACAAUUUAUGCACAUACCAACCACAACACAACUGCUGCAACGGCAGCAACAACAAUCUGCCCGCGACGGCUGCAGACGCGGCAUCACAACAAAUCCGCCGCCACACCAUCAUAUCCACCACUCUGAGCAACUUCAAUCAACAGUUGGCAUUGGCCCCGCGACGUGCCUCGAUCGCGUGGGAAAAACCCACGGCGACUGCACCCACAACACCCCUGCUAACCCAGACCCCGGCCGCGGGCGCAAAACACGCGCCACCAGCCGCGAACACCUACAAACCCGUGAAAAUCACGCUGAUCGGAGAGCCUUUAAAACACUGGCAAUGGAAUGCUGUUGGCAAUGGGAAGACGAAUGCUUCUGAAAGCAACGGCCACGCAGCGGUUGUCAAUGAGUGUGACAGAGACGCCCCUGCUAAGCGCGAGGAGAGCCGCUGUGGUGUAGAUGGUGGCACGAGUAAUGGUAGUACUAGUAAUGGCAUGUGCAAUGGUGUGAGUAAUGGUGCGAAUUGUUCGAAAGGUAGCAAUGGUUACACAAAUGGCACGAGCAGCCUGACGAAUGGCCUUAACGAGAUCUCGGGUAGUGGACUGCAGAGGCACGCAAGCCAUCAGCCCGACCAUAAUCAUCAAAGGCUCAGUCUGCAUAUGCAAAAGGCGUCGAUACAACCGGGACAACAGCAGCCAACACGUGUACAACAACAACAACAGCAAGUCUAUCACACAGCUAACGGCACCAACGGCAAUUUCAAUCCAACAGUUACUAUAGUCUGAGCGCAAAAGUAGUUAGAUCGUAAUGUCUGAUAUUAUUAUACAAGCAUACUUAUAUUAUACUAAAAUUGAAAAUUGAUAUUAAGAUACAAAUUUUGGACGGUGAAUUACAUGGAGUUGAUGUUUUAGAGUACAGUUAUUAUUAUAAUCGACUUAUGUAUGGAUGUUUUGACGGCCAAAAUUGAGAUCAGUGCGUGAGAAAAAUAUUAUAUUACAUAACUAUACCGCAAUAUAUAUGCAAUUAACGGACUCGUAUGUAUGUAGUAGUUAAAUGUGUAGUAGAUUCUCCGAAGCAGACAAUGGAGCACUUCACAAAGUCUUCUCAACUCUUCUGAAGAGUUAUCACACCGGCAAUGAAUAGAGCUCUCAGUUCGUGCAUAGCAACAAAAACAGGAGUUUGGCAAACGACAAAUAAAAUUAUGAGGCUAGCACAUGUACAUAUAUAUUUCGCGAUCGCACACAUUCUUCUGUCAUUCCAGACAAUGUUUUGCCAAAAAAGAACCCUAUAGAUAAUAGAUCGGAAGUAAGGUCUUAAUCAAUGGAUAAUGGGAAUAUGAAAUGAAGCACUGUAAAAUUAGUUAUUUCCAUCAUUACUAUUAUCAAGAUCAUAAUCUCACUUAUUUUUAUUACUAUUUAUUAUUAUUAGUAUUGUAUUGAUAUUAUUAUUGUUAUUAUUAUAUUUAUAAUAUUAUUAUAUUGAAUAUUUUAUUAUUAUUAUUGAGAUUAUAUUAUAUUAUUAUUAUUACUUAUUACUAUUAUUAUUAUGGAAAUAUUUACCAAUACAGUUGCAAUUUUCGUAAAUAGGCCUUUAGGAACUGUAGACUGUCCAGAACUUAAAGUUAGGGUAAAUGGGUUCUUAGGGAAUGUGUGUUCAGCUCGGAAGGAAAUUCAGGAAACAGUGGCUGGCUCCUGACUCUGAAUGAAAUUCUUGUUCUUGCACGCCAUUUUCUAUAUGUGACGAGUUCCAAAAUAUUACUUAAUAGAAGGGGGCUAAGAUUAGAUUCCGCUUCUUCACCAUACAUUAAUAUUUUUGUAAUAACCAAAAUAUACUUACAACGCACACCGUUUCAUUUAAGUGAAUGAUACACACAUACAUAUAUGUACAAAUGUACACACUUUGAAUUUACAAUAAUUUUAGUUAAAAACACUUUAGUAAACUUGCUAUAUACACUGAUAUUAUUACGAUUAUUAUAUACUUAUACAUAUA